UAAGAACCCUCCCCAGAACAUCUACAGCCUCUACAACCAGGUCGGCAUCAACUGCUUCAUCGCCGCCGGCGUCUACGUUGCCGUGGGCGCCGUCUCGCUCUGCCAGGUGCGACUCAACAAGCGGCAGGAGUACAUGGGUCCGCCUCAGUGUCGUCGCGCCACUGAGAGUUUCACUUCCUGUUAUCUACUUUCAACGAAGAAGCAGUCGGUGGAAGAAGAGAAGAAGAAAAUGUCGUUGAAGGUUUUAGAGGCAAAGUGGAAACCGGCCCUGAGCUCCAUCCUGGAGGAGCUCACAGAGCCAGACUUCAGGAAGCUGCUGUAUAGUCUGGUCAAAAUCCCUCAGGGACUGAAGACCGGCAGGACCAGAGAAGAGAUCCCUGAUCUAAUCGUCCAGCACUACGGGACAGAAGGGUCCAUCUCUGAAAUAGAUAAAAUAAUGAAGAAGAUACCGAGGAAUGACGCUGCGGUCCAGGAGCAGCUGCGCCCCUUUGUGGAGAACCUGAAGAUGCACCAAGGAAAGAAAGGGACGACGAGAAAACUUUCCAUCGACUUCGGAUCAGUCGGCGAAAAACAGAAACUCACAGCUGAUCAACUGAAGAGCUGCCCACCUGUCCAGGUGGAUCCUGUUGGAGACGUGGAGACGGAAAAGAAGACAGAGGACAGAGAUUUGUCUCUGAAACCAGCUGAAAGCAUGGCGUCUCCUAGCACUUCUACGUGGAUGACUCCCAAGAAUCUCUGCCCCUCAGAAGAGGGUCUCAGUCCUGCGGUCCAGACCGGGAGGAUCAAGAUCUUUGUAAUUACAAAGUCUGAUAAGACGAACACUCACCUGGUGGUGGAGUUCAACGGGCGCUUGCAGACGGUGUUCGUGAGAACUCGACUUCUGGCGAACGCAUUCGGCCUCGAGGUGGACGAUGGUUUUGAAAGGAGAUACCGUUACCAGAUGCCCCUCACAGCAGAAGCAAGCUUCAUGGGAAUAAAGUUACAGAGAUUAAAAAGGUGAAGAAGACGAUGUGUUGAAAGUGAACCUGGUUUACGU